AUUCAAUCAAAACAGCAGUCUAAAACAGUAAACAUAAGUCGUUAGCAUUAACGCACAUAAAAAGACUAGCAAUAAAUAUAUUUGAAGUUAAUUAUUGAUCGACAACGCAUCGUUAACGUCUGUGUUGCCUAUGUUGUGUUUUCUUCAAAAAACAGCAUGUGCACAAUAUUAAAUUAAAACAACGUCAAGUCCGCAACAAUUUUUAUGUUCAUGUAUGUAGGUUGGAGUGCCGUGCGCACAGCUUUGCGUCUUGGAUAUCUACAUGUCCGGCUUUCGGCCUACGAUUUGUGCGCCGAGGAAAACAUUGCGUCACCCUACCAUCGUGUGACCAUUUGCUACAAGCUUCCCAUCUUUGAUCUUAACCAUCGAUGACACAAAAAUGCCUUGUCGGAAUACUAAGUUCCUCAUAUUUUUAUUAUUUGUUGUUGGUAACUAAACUUUCUUUCCCCUUCCUGUUUUCUUCGUAAAUCAACGUCACUAUUAAAAUUAAUGCUAUGGGAUAGAAAUGCCUACUAGUUUAUUUUGACUUUUGAAGCCAUCUAGACGAUAAAAUAUAUUUUAUUUUGACACAUAAAAUUUUAAAUUGUGAUUCGGUGACUUGAAAUCAUUCUGAUGACAAAAUUUCAGCCGAAGCAAUUUAUCUGUGAAUAAAUAAACAUAUCUCGUGGAUUUAAAAUGUCUGACGACGACUCAAGUCAGGAUCGUUUUGAUAUUUACAAGUUCAGACGUAGAGCAACGCAAAGUGACAUUCGCCAAAUAUCAGGCAUUCCUACAAGUGCAGCUCCUAAUGUGCGCUUUGAGAUUGACAAGAACAAAAACCAGAAAACUUAUGCAAUAUUGCAAGAAACACGAUCUGAAUUUAGCACUAACAGCAAACUACGAACACUUCUGUUAAUAUAUUCUAACCCUGCGUGGAAAUUAUUCAUACUUACAACACUAUUCAUUGCAUACAUUCUAGAUACUUGUGUUUAUACAUUUUAUAAAUCAAACGAAAGACCGUUUUGUGCCAUAGUCAUUUUAUUGUGUUUCAAUUUAAUUUUUACUUUCGACGUUGUGAUUAUUGUUGGAUUGAAGUUCUUUAGGAAAUGGAGAAAAACUUUGAAUCUUGUCGAACCAGAAACAUUUAAAGUAGCUCUUAAUAUUAUUUUGGCAGUUCCGUAUUCCUUUUUGUAUUUAUUAGACGAUAAAAACGUCCAGUUCAACUUUCAUGCGGUAGCACCUUUGGUAGCAACCGUGCGGGUGUAUAGAAUUUUAGAAUACUUCUACAAUAGAUCAUCCCAAGCAGGCAGCAAUCAAUGGACAACGUUUCUGUCGCAGUAUUAUGAAGAUCUUUGGUACCAAAAAUCCGGGGUUUUCAAACCUAAACUACUGAAACUUCUUCCUUAUCCUUUACAAAUGGAAAUCUGCUACGACUUAAAUGCCGUUCCGCUAUAUAGCUCGUUGAUAUUUAGGAAACUACCGGAAGCAUUCCUUAGGAGGCUAUCUUUAGACAUGAGUCACCAGUUUUAUUUACCGGGAGAUGUUGUAUACAGCCAUAACCAGAACAAGACUAUUAUGGUAUGCGUCACUAGUGGCGUAUUAGAACUAUUGUCUGACGAAGAUGAUGAAAGUCCAAUGAUUUCAUUUGCCACAGGGACCUGCUUCGGGGAAAUAUCCCUAGUUUACAACAUACCUGCACGAUGUACAGUAAAAGCAGCGACAUACGUCGAAUGUCAGGUUCUAGAGAAGACCAAUUUCAUAAAACUAAUGAUCACUUAUCCAGACCUCGUUGAAUCAAUACGCCACGAAAUUCAAGAGCGGAUCAGCAGGAGUCGAAUGAAGAAAAUGAAGCAAGGGGAACAUGCUGAGUUCUCAUUAAAUAUCUACGCAUCUAAAGAUCGGAAGAAGAGCAGCAUUAAAUGUUUAAAAGAUAAAUUGAGAUAUAUUCAAGGAAUAUCAGACGUCGACACUUUGACAAAGGACGACGAACUUGAUGAAAAUUGCUUGGAAUUGUACAUUAUAUCGGAACAUGUUAAGAAAAAAAUGACUAUGUUCACUUGUAUCAAGUCCAAAUUUCCAUGGAUAUUAGAAGCUGACUGUCCUCUAAUAAUGAAGUAUUGCGUGUACAUCUGCUUAUUAUGUUACUGGUCUGGCGUUAUUUUAUACAUGGAGUCAUGCUUCGUGAACCGAUGUUCAGAAAACUCAUGGUUUAGUAGAGCACUGAUUUGGGAUGACGAACAACGCGGUGCUAGAAUCUCAAAGCAAUCUACCGCUAACACCGGACAUGAAAUCUUGUCUCCGGCAAUCGCACUUGUCGAAGCAAUGAAGCAGUUUGUCGAAAGUAGCGUCGGGAGCUUAUACGGUAAAAGUGUAGUAGGUGUGAAGAUUAACGUGACUAAGUAUCCCCUUAUAACUUCUGUAUAUUUUGCAACUACUAUCUUUCUUUCUGUGGGUUAUGGGGACUACACUCCAGGAGAUAUCUACGACAUGGCUUUCAUAGCCUUUCUUAGUCUCUACGGUGUUCUAUUAUCCGGAUACUGUAUUUCUGAGUUCUCUGCUGUUGUCACACAUUGGUCAAGAACGAAAACAGCCUUCUUGGAAGUUAUCAUAACGAUAGACAAAUUCAUGAAUGAAAACAAUAUGCACCCAGCAAUCAAAUCUCGAAUCAUGGCUUUCUACGAAUUGCAGUGGCAAUAUAAUUCGGGAGUCGAAUUAACAGAUGAUAAUUGGUUAGAGAAGACAGUAGUUCCAUCAGAACUGAGGAAAAAAGUCUUGCAUCAAGCAAGAUUCAAAGCACUCACAUCUAUCAAGUUCUUUCAAGUGAAAAAUAAAGCUUACAUUCACACGUUGACUGAGGCUGCCAGAGACAUCAUUUUACCACCUGGCGAAAUCGUAUGUUACGGAGGGACAGUGACAAGAGAGCUGUACAUAAUAGAGAGCGGUUAUUGUUUAGUGACAUCAAAUGAACUGAGAGAGUCCAACUCUGAGCGCGUGAUAGGCCCUGGCAAUCACGUGGGGUUACUGGUACUAUUGUACGGAAUCCCCACUCUCAGCACCGUCGUUACAUUGACUCACUGUAAGCUCGUUAGUGUGAACCAUUACGCUUACACAUCGGCAUUAAGUCUAUUCCCAGACAUGAAAGAGCAUGAAGGAAUAUUAAAACCAGAAGAGCUACAACAUGUAGAAGAACAGGCUAAAACGCAAACCACGGACUCCUACUUACAACAUUACAACCGACUGACAGAGAAAAAACAGAAAGUAAAAAUCACUAGUAUACUACAAGAAUUUUUCAACAACUCCUUCAUAGACCUCAUUGCGGAAUAUAAGAAAUCGAAGCAAAAAUAUUCGAAAUCUUUCAAACAGUUUAAUGUACUGAACAAUAUAGCAGCAUACUUAUUGAUGCCUAUCGCUAUAAGACCAGACGGAAUAUUCUUGAAAGUGUGGGCGACCAUUCGAAUGACCACUGCAUUUUUACUAUGUCUACUCAUACCUGGCCAAUUUACAGUGGACUUUAUAACCUGCUUUCCUUGGUAUGCUAUUUGGAAACUGUUUGUUCCCAAGCAUAAUGAAAAUCAUUCUGAAGAAGACCACAUGGUCAAUGCACAUAUGUUCCAUUGUGCGUUGAGAAUGAUCAACAUACUACAGAUUGUCAAACUGUAUGCUGCUUCUUGGGCCGAAUCUAUUGGUGCUUUGAGGAGGGCAUACUUCAUGAGCGUGGUCCACUUCCUCCUUAUAACGUUAUUCUUUCUAAAUUUGUACACUUGCCUUUUAAUCACUUUAUCCUGUAGAUACGUUAAGGCUGAUGAUGCGGAAGAUUUUGAAUAUAAACUCAAAAGAAUAUCAGGACCAAUACCUUAUUUAAACACCACGUUUCAUCCUGACGGCAAUAUGGUUUGUUUAGAAGGAUCUUGGAUAGACGGAAUACUAAUUAUACAAAAAGAUCAUAUGUCACCAUCUAGAGUGCUCCUACUGGCUUAUUAUUGGACAGCGUCUAGUUUUGGAGGAGCUGGUUUCGGCGAUAUCAUUCCUCAGAACAUAGAACAUAUGCAUCAAUCAAUACUGGGGAAACUUCAUGCGAAUUUAAACGAAGAUGCUGUACUAUACAUGUACGAAAAAACAUUAAGAGAAAUCCCAUUAUUUGAAAACGUCGAGUAUUCCUUCUUUAGAGCUUUCGCAAAGAAACUGAAAGAAUCAUACUUCCAGAAAGGAUAUAUGGUUAUGAGAUCGAAUGAAGUGAUAGACACUAUGUAUAUUAUUUAUAGAGGAAAGGUUGACAUCAUGUCGAAUAUAAAUGAAGUGGAAGCAUGUAUGGGUCCUGGAGGAAUAUUUGGUAAUAUAAGAGGAGCAACAAAGUAUAUGACAAUGUCAAAUGUGAUCGCAAGUCGAAACAUUGAUUUGCUUUGUAUUCAAGGGCGAGACUUCUACGCACUGUUGAAGAGCUAUCCUUCAGUACUACAAAAGGUGAAGGAAUCUGUUGAAUCAGCAGUGAAAGACUAUGUUUUGCCAACAAUAAUGUCUGCAAGGAACAGCAGCACUGAUGUAAAUAUGAUUCCAACAAUGUUUGUCAUAGAUAUACAAGGUGGAUCUUGUAAGCAGAUAACGAACUUUCCUUUGUCGUACGAAACUGGAGAAGAGCAAGAAGAUGAAUGUGAGGUCGAUCCUGAACUUUAUGUAGAGAGUCCAGAAAAGAGUAUUGCAGAAUCGCACGGUUCCAAAUCCAUCACAUCAGCAAACAUAAAUUACGUUCCAGCUUCACUAUUAUUUUUCAAGCCACAUAGAACCAUCGCUAUAUGGGCAUCAAUACUAUCGCACGUCAACGCUUGCCUGUUUUUCAAACUAUCCUGUCUAACUCCUGUGCACUGCACAUCGGCUAACUGGAUGUCAAAGGAAGCUCUCAAUUUGCGAGCGAAAUAUUCCGAGGGCAAUUUCUUUGCACUAUACGUAGCUGCUUUAUGGUACAUGAUAAACUUGCUAACAAUAACAGGCACAGGAGACGUGUCAUCACAAAACAGUUUUGAAGUCAUCGAAACUAUUAUUGUGAUCAUUGUUAUAAAGUUCUGUACGGGGCUUCUCAUAUCAGAAAUGUCGGCAAUGAUCACAGCUCAUUCGUCAUCACGCAUAGCAUAUGAUUACGAUAUAAACGAACUGAGAGACGGUUUGCGAGAUAUGGAUCUAAGUGUUCACCAAAUGAGCAAAAUGUGGGACUACGUGCGCGAGCUAUGGAACAGACAACAAGGAAAACAGUUGAAAAUGAGUAAAGAACCGAAAAGAUUCCGUCUCACAUCGACUUUCUACAGAAAAGUUAACAAAUUAUUGGUUCCAAAAUAUCAAUCUCCAAGGGCUGGAUACCAUAGUUCUGCAGCAGAAAUUGAAGAAUCGUCUGAUUCUGACAGCGAAAUACAUUCAAUAAAUGUAAAAGACCAAAUUCAGCAAUGGGCAUUAAGGUACCAGAUUCCUCAAAAUGCCUUAAAGGAAUUACUUACUAUAUUGAGAGACAAUUCAAACAUGGAUUUAAAAAAAAUCUUACCAAAAGACAGUAGAAGUUUAUUAAAAACGCCAAAAUUUAAUAACAUAAUACCAAUGGGAAAUGGAAAAUAUUGGUAUAAUGGCAUAGAGAAUUGUUUGAAAGAAGUUUUCUCUCAAAUGAUCUCAGAGUUACCGACGUGCAUAUUUUUGUCUUUUAACAUAGACGGCUUGCCAGUAGCCAAUAGCACAAAAAAUGAAUUUUGGCCAAUUUUGUGUAAAAUAGACGGUAUGGAUGUUGCUCCAUUAGUUAUAGCAAUAUUUUUCGGAAGCACAAAACCGUGUUUGGAAUUAUUUUUGCGUCCAUUUGUAAACGAGCUCAUCAAGUUACUUCAAGGUGGAUUACUCAUUCAAAGGCAAAUCGUUCCGAUCAGAAUUCGUUGCUUCAUAUGUGACACCCCUGCGAGAUGCUUUAUAAAAGGUACUGUGGGGUUUAAUAGUUACCACGGAUGCAUGAAAUGUACAGUAAUCGGAGAAUACGAUAGAAAAGGUCGGCAUAUGAGUUUUCCCAGAACGGACAUGGCUUUGCGUACUGACCAUUCAUUUAGAAAUCGAUUAGAUCCUGAUCACCAUAAAGAAAAAAGUCCAAUCGAAGAUUUACCUAUAGAUCUUGUUAACGAUUUUACGAUCGCAGAUGCUCUUCAUUUGUUAGAUUUGGGUGUUAUGAAGAGAUGUUUACUAGGAUGGACUAACGGCAGUUUUAAUUUCCGAACAAAGUGGUCGGCAAGGGAAAUACAGGACGUUUCAAGAAAACUUAUGGAAAUAAAAUCAACUACUCCAUCUGAAAUACAUCAAGGAAGACUGAGAGAAUUAGAUACCCUUCACUUUUGGAAAGGUGCUGAAUUUAAAAACUUCUUGUUAUACUUUGGUCCAGUAGUGCUAAAAGAACACUUAUCAUGUGAAGUAUAUCAACAUUUUUUAACAUUGUUCUGUGCCACCACUAUUUGUUAUUCUGACGUUUAUGUAUCUUACCGUCACAUAGCUGAAAAACUUUUUGUUGACUACAUCGAAAAAUUCGCAGAAAUUUACGGUCAUGAUUCUGAAUUGUCAAAGCUAAACAUCAAGGGCCACAAAUCCAAACGGAUGAAUGCUCAUGUCAAAUAUGAAAGUUUGUUGGAUACGGGUGAAAAAGUAUUUACAACUGUAAAAAUGAGAACUCGACUAGAGCAGCAUUUUGUGACCGACGCGGCGACUGUCGCGCUGCUACUCGACUCGCUACUCAGUAGCAGCGCGACAGGCGCCGCGCCGCUCAUGAAUAUGAGCCUCUAG